GUAUACACACUUUAAAACACCCAAAUAGGAAAACUGGCUUUAUCUAGCUUCACACCGACUACGAAAGCAAUGCAUUCCUUUAGCGUUGACUUAUGUAAACGUGGAAUUAAACCACGGCAUUAACAGAUUGACGGACAGGAAGUGCAGAUGUAUGAGUAAGCUAGCGUUAGCUUAGCUGAUGGUAUGCUAGUUGUGUUGUUUACAGGUCAUAUAAUGGUUCAACUGAUAUCAACGUAACAUGGCUGAACCCAGUGAAGUGAUUCAAACAGAGGUAAGAAAGGGGACAGAUGGAGGGUCUAUCGAUGCUGUUUCAGAGGCUGGUGAAUCAUUAGACGUUGAAGAUACAGCACUGGCUUGUCAGUCUUCACUGUCCAACCACAGAGAGGAGGAUAAACUUGCUGAAAAAGAAAAGGAAAAUAAUGAACAUAAUGACACAGAAACUGGGGUUGGUGAGGAUUUUACAUCUCCAUCAGAGACAUUUUCUUCUGAGGAGAAUAUGGUGGUGGAUGUGAAAACUGAGGAAGACUUUGAAACAGACAUGAACUCUGAGAAAAGUCCUGCACGACCAGAUGUGAGUGAGGAAGUGAAAGAGGAGGUAAUUUCUGAGUUUAAAGAAGAGAUGGACAGUGAUUCUGCUGAGGACACACAACACAAAAACACACCCAUUGGCUCUGAAUCGGUGGAUCCUCCAGCAAAUGCGCUCGAUGAGAUGAUGGACAUGGGUACAGUGGAUCAGGUGGAACAAGAAGCUCAGAUGAAAGAGGAGGAGCAGGAUAAUACGCUGGAUAUGGGCACCAGCAGCUCUUCCCCUGUCUCCAAUACAGUGUCAACGGCAGAAGACGGUAACUCUGUUGAGGAGGAGGUUGAUGUAAAACCUGUUGUGUUACCUCCACCGUCAGAAGACGACCAAAUGGAGGACAUUAAAGUGGAAGUAGAUUCGAUGCAGUCCUGCUCAUCUCCAUCGUCUGAGGCUGCGGUCGGUACAGCUGAACACUAUAACGUUACAGUCUGUGGUCCAUUAACCACAGGGAGGCGCAGCAUAUCACCCACAGCCAUGAUGAAUGGGAUGAAAGUUGUCAAACUGGCGAUACCAAAACUACAAAUUGAGAAGUUAAGGUCUAACUCGUCCUCUUCGCCGCCUUUGGUCAAAGUGAAGGACGAGCCUGUGGACGAGGAGUAUGACCGCGCUCUCAUAUCCUCAACGUCAACAGCAACUGUGAAAGAUGAACCCAUUCCUCCAAAGGAGGACCUAAGGAUCGGCUCAGUCUUCUCUGUGAAUUCAGACUCUGAGAUCCAGACGCCGCCCACCGCCAGCCCCUCAGUUCUGCACAUGUCCUGUUGUCACUGCAAGAAGAGCCUGAUGAAAGGCCAGACUGCUUUCCAGAGGAAGGGCUCCCCGUCGUUAUUCUGCUCCACUGCCUGCCUCACCGCAUCACUCCCCGCCAUUAAAGGACCUCCCAAGAUCUGCCACAACUGCCAGAAGUUGAUACUUCGGCCUCAGGACGUCAUCUUGGCUCCAGAUAGUAAAGGAACAAUGAAAGAUUUCUGUAGCCAGAACUGCCUGACUGCCUUCAGCUUCAAGAAAAAUGUAUCCAACAAGAUGCUUGUCCCAACACAAACAGGAGGACCACAGUCACUAUGCAGCAUGUGCUCCAGAUUGUGCAUUAGUAAACAUGAGGUGACUCUGAAUGGCAAUGUCCACAAAAUCUGCAGUGAUGCCUGUUUUAACCGUUUCCGCACAAUGAAUAAACUGUCCAUGGCCAGCUGUGCAUUCUGCGGUGCUUUCUACGGCACCAAACCGCUCCUGCUGAAGCUCGAGGAUUCCAGCAAAACUUUGUGCAACCUCGAGUGUCUGAACAAAUUCAAGGAGAAAACCAAGACAAGUCACACCUGUACGAUGUGUCGCUCAACUCGGACUCUGGCAGAGAUGGUUUACCAUAAGAACAGUGACGACUCUGUGAAUCUCUUCUGUAGCAGCAGUUGUAUCAUGGCAUAUAAAGUGCAGACUGUCAGUACAUCAGGUGCUCGGUUGAGUUGUGACUUCUGUUGGAAAAACACGGUCCCGUCCUACCACCUGGCCAUGUCCGAUACGUCCAUCAGGAACUUCUGCACUCUGCCAUGUGUUAUGGCCUUUCAGGAAAAGUUCAAGAAGUCCCAGCCACAGCUCAGUGUUUUCACCAAGUUACCAGUGGGAUCCACUCAAAACCAGACUGUUACACCUGCUCAAGUUCAGAUCGAGGCUUCACAUGGAAAACUGAACUGCUCCCAAUGUUCCCAAAGUAUAACAUUCAAACCUGAAGUCAUCCAGAUAAAGGAUAAAAUGGUUUUUGUGUGCAGCACCGACUGCGCUCACGAGUUCAAGAAGGCCAACUUUGUGACGAGUCUGUGCGAAUACUGCAAAAUUGAAAAGCUCACCAGAGAUGCCAAGAGAAUUAAUAACAAAGACUGCUUCUUCUGCAGUGAUGGCUGCAAGCUGCUCUACAGACACGACCUGACAAAAAGUUGGGGGAAACACUGUCACUCCUGCAGCUACUGUCACUCAGUCUCCAAAAAGCUGGUGACAGCUCAGUAUGGAGGCUCUGCUGAAGAGUUCUGCUCUGAGGAGUGCAGGUCCAAGUACACCAUGCUCUUCUGCCAUGUUGCUAAGUGUGACACCUGUGGCCGUAAAGCGAAGUUAAAGCAGAGUCUGUCUCUUCUGGGCGACGUCAAACACUUCUGUGACCUGAGCUGUCUGUUAAAGUACUGCAGCUGGGUAGUGGAGAAACAGGGAGAGGUGUUUCCCAAAGAUACAGAAGAGUUAAAGCCUGUUAUUGCUAGUGUCAUGUCGCUGGCAAGUCCUCAAGCGGCGAAACCCAAAACUUCAGAAGGAACUGCACAGCAAAGCACAGCCACAGCUCAGACGAAGUACAAAAGAAAUAUCAGUAUUCAGACAGAUACAACAAAGGUUCCCCCUCCAGCUCCCCCCAAAGUCCUCAAGAACAAGGCUCUUCUCUGCAGGCCGUUGGUGCAAAAUAAAGGUGUCUCGUGCAGAACGCAGACUGUCGACACUGAAGUUCAGACAGAUGAAACCAUCCCUAAAGUCCUGGUCCUUCCCAUCCCGGUGCCAGUUUAUGUCCCAGUCCCAAUGGGCAUGUACACCCAGUGCACCCCAAAACCUAUGGGUCUGCCACUACCACUGCCGGUGCCCAUGUUCCUCCCUGUGACUAUGAGCAGUGCUGAAGGCAUCGUGGAAACAAUCAAAGAUAUCAAGGAAAAGAUCCCGUCCGACCCGUUUGAGGCAGAGCUCAUCCUCAUGGCGGAGAUGGUGGCGGAGCAAGACGAGGGGAAAUCGAAAGAGAAAGUGGAGAAUAAAGAGACGAACAAACAGUCAGGCCCUGACGACCACACCAGUAACUUCAGUGACGACUUGGACACAGAUGACUUGGCCAGUUUCCUCAACAACUGGGACGACCCGACGCCUGACGCAGGUCUGCAGUCGCCUGGACGACCAUACGCCCAUGAGAAGCUGAACCCUGUCGAAGACGUACCUGAGGGUCAUGACACAUACCCCGAGCCUGUGCCCCAAGCCCCGCCCCCUUUGGACCUUGAGGCUGACUUCAGUGUUGAAAUGUUGGAGAGGAUGUCCAGGCUGAUAGAAGAGGCUGAGCAGCCUCCAAGUCCUCCACCUACUGGGACAAGAAGACAAGCUCACAGAAAAGCCAGGGACAAAAAUAAGGGUCGUAAGGCUCAGCGGUCGAAAAAGGGAGCUGAGGCAGCGUCUCAGAAAGGUUCGUCUCAUAAAGGCAAAGCAGCAGAAGUUCAAAGACUGAAGAGUCACUACGGUGUCGACGCUUGGAAACGAUGGAUCCAGUGGAGACAAACACAGCCCAACCUUCAGAAGCCAAGCUUCGCCUCGCGUCCGCUCGACCUGAAGCAGGACGUUCUUCGCUGCACCACGGCUGAGCUGAGCUACGGCCUCUGCUGCUUCAUCACUGAGGUGAAACGACCCAACGGAGAACCGUACUCCACUGACAGCCUGUUCUACCUCUGCCUCGGCAUCCAACAGCACCUGUUUGAGAACGGUCGUGUGGAGAAUAUAUUCAUGGAUCGCUUCUACAGUAAAUUUUCCACUGAGUUCACUCAAAUGCUGAAAGGCUUCAAACCUGCGAUCACAGGCAGUGGUUACAUCCACUCCCGAGUGGAGGAGGAGUUUCUGUGGGACUGUAAGCAGCUGGGGGCCUACUCCCCCAUCGUCCUCCUCAACACGCUGCUCUUCUUCUGCUGUAAAUACUUCCGCUUCACCACAGUGGAGCAGCACCGACAGCUGUCCUUCGCUCACGUCAUGCGCUGCACAAAAACCAACGCCAACAACACUAAGACCACCUUCCUGCGCUUCUACCCGCCCUUAGCAGUAAACGAGGCCGAGUCGGAACCGGAUGCAAAGAAGCCGAAGUUUGAGGAGAAUAAAGAGGAAAUACUGGAGAUGAUGGAAAACACAGAAAAUCCUCUCCGCUGUCCGGUCAGACUCUACGAGUUCUACCUCUCUAAAUGCUCGGAGUCAGUGAAGCAGCGCACCAACCUGUUCUACCUUCACCCAGAGCGCUGCUGCGUCCCCAACAGCCCCCUGUGGUUCUCCUCCACCCCUCUAGACGACAGCACAAUGGAGGCCAUGCUGAUCCGCAUCCUCACCGUCCGAGAGCUGCAUCUCAGGACGAGGGAGGACAGAGAGAUGGAGACGUCUGAUGACAAACCGUAUGUACCUGAUGAGGACGAAGCAGAUUCAGACUGAUUCAAAGUGACCUUUUCCUGGUGUCGUGGGUUAUGUUGUAAAUAUCUGCAGAUUUAACGAAAUGUUCAUGUAAACAUUGUCCACUUAAGAGAAAUGAACUGAAUACAAUAAUACAAAACACGUCCAUCUGGAUUUGUAGACGUUCUUCAGAUGCAGUUUCGUUGGUUUUCUCAUCAUUCACAUGGUUCAGUGCUGCAUCUGCGGUUCUCUGGUUUUAUCUCCUCAAUGAUCACUAUCACGGAUGUCUCGUGCUGAUGUGCUUGGAUUCCCUCAAACCCUGUAAUGACUCUAUUUUCUUGUCCCUUUGUGAGAAGAAGCUGCAGUUUAAUACAGAUAAAGAUGAUACUGUAUCUGUAGAAGCCCAUCUCCACCACUGUGAUGACGAAAAAAUGUGCCUCAAAAUUCUAAGAUACUUUCUCCUAUUAAAGGUAGUAUCUGAAAGUUGAGGCUUAUUCCCUUAAAAAGAAAUCACACACAAUCACAGUUACAGUCCUGUGAUUAACCUCACAGUCCUGAGGUUUUGUUGUUUUACUCUACAUUUGUUCCACUUAGUUUUGCUUUCACUCUGAUUUUUAUCUACUUUUGCUGCAUCUCUGUUUUAGACUUCCAUGUGUCUGACGUCAGCAUGUUGUUUAUUUGCCUCCUUUUCUCAGCUGUUUUCCAUAGUGAUAAUCUUGCAUAACGUCCUACAGUUGGUCUUUUUGCACUGUAAAUGAACCAAACCAUAGUUCAAGUUCAUCCAGACUGAGAAAACUGUUAUGGUCAGAUCCAAGACCAGUUCUCUGGUCUGCACCGGGGUCUGGCAGGUUUGACACUCUCAAUAUCAUUCUAAUCAAACUGGAAAGUUUAGAACUAACAAGGUGAAAGUGCCCUUAGUCUAUCAGAAAUAUAUGAUAUAUGAGGUAGUACAUAGGUAUAUUCACGUGAUAUUAAAAUUAGUGAGGAGAAACUGUCUUAGAGUCAUAAUCGUAUCUCAAAUAUGAUCUGAACAAUGAUCUGAUUAUGUUUGAUUUACAGGAUCUUUUUUGUACCACACUGGUGAGAAUGGGCUUCUAUAUGUCUAUGAUGGUUCUGAAAAGACAAAUCCAAGACGGAGAGUAAUCCGUUAAUUUUACCUUACCUCAUGUUGAACAACAUUUACAGCACCAUUGGCUGUAAAACAAUCCUUCUGCUGAAUGAAAAUCAGCAAAUGUUCAUUUUCGGUGUUUUAAUGAACCCCGAGAUUCGUUGAAGGUUCAGUGCUGGACAUUUAACUCAUAGAAUAACUCCAUUAAUACCAGUAAUGAGAAAGAUUUGAGUAACCAAAGCCUUCCAUUGGGUAAAAUCCCCUGAAAGAAACAUUAAUACACACAGACUCCUACUGAUUGAUGUGUGUUUGAUCUGAUAAUACUACUUCUGAAAGUCUAGUACAAGUAUUAAGAAGCCUCUAGUUUUUUUUUCCCCGUUUUGUUUUAUUCUAUUUUUCUUUGCAAAAAACAUUUUGAUUACUAGCAUCCAAUUAUUUGGAAGAUGAAUGUAUCUGAAAGUUAUUUACACUCAUUUCAAGUCCAUGAUAGUAACUGUUACUAUUACUGAUUACUGUUAAAAAGCUACAACUUUGAUGCCAUUUAGAAAAACUGCUACUUCUGAUGAUUUUGACUGAACACACAAACGUCAUCAGAUCCACAGACUUUUUGCAUAUGAGCCCAGUGUGAAGUAUGUAAAAAUAAGGAAAUGCACCUCUUGCUGUAUAUGGUUAUAUUAACCCCCAGUCCUCACCGCUGGUUCUGUGUUUUCUAUUCUAUGUCCUUUUUUCAAUAAAAACAUCUAAAAAAUGUU